AUGGUUGAGCACUCAGAUCUCCAUAAAAGCAAAUGACUGGAAAGUAUCAAAAAUUUUUCCAUAGGAGGAACAGCUGGAAUUGUAGCCACGACUGCAGUGCUUCCUAUGGAUUUUAUCAAAGUCCACCUCCAAUGCGCAGCUGAAGGAUCCAAAGGUCCUCGAAUCAGUCCAUUGCAGUUUGCCUCUACAGUUUAUAGAGAGAAAGGCCUUUUAGCUUUCUAUAAGGGCUUAGAUAGUGCUAUCCUCAGACAAGCUUUAUAUGCUACAACCAGGCUUGGCUUAUACAAAACUCUCGCAGAUCGCGAAAAAGAAAAAACAGGCACAAAAUUCAUCCCAUUUUUCAAAAAAUUUAUUUAUUCUACUGUAUCAGGUGGAAUCGGUGCUUUUGUAGGAAAUCCUUGUGAUUUAUCACUUAUCCGCUUACAAACAGACAACACCUUGCCUCCGCAGCUGCGAAGAAACUACAAAAAUGCAAUAGAUGCCUUAUUAAGGAUCCCAAAAGAAGAAGGAAUUUUAGCCUACUGAAAAGGCUGCACUCCUACAAUUUUACGUGCUGCUGCUUUAAAUUUUGGCAUGCUUGCUCCAUAUGAUCAAACCAAAGAAUUUCUGGACUCAAGGUGAAAAUCAGACACCAUGAAUCGGAUUUUGGCGUCCGUUAUUGCUGCAAUAUUCGCCUGCUUUAUUUCAUUGCCAUUCGAUAAUAUCAAGACAAAAUACCAAAAAAUGAUCAAAGGGGCAGACGGAAAAUACCCUUACAAAGGCUUUUAUGACUGUUUAAUGAAGAGUCUAAAGAAUGAAGGGUUCAUAGGUUUAUAUGUAGGACUUGACGCUUAUGCAUUGCGAGUGGCACCAAAUGUAAUUAUUACAUUGCUGACUAUAGAUUUUCUGCAUUAUUUAUAUCAUAAAUAA